AUGGCGUUGACCAAGGACAAGAUGAUCUCUUUCGAGGACUACCAAGGUGUCCUCACCGCCUACUUCGAGUGGGCGGACAGCUACGACAGCAAGGACUGGGACCGCCUUCGCAAAAUCAUCGCCCCUACCGUCCGUAUCGACUACCGCUCCUUCCUCAACAAGCUCUGGGAAGCCAUGCCGGCCGAGGACUUCAUCGCCAUGAUCUCCGACCCCAAGGUGCUGGGCGACAAGAAGCUCAAGACCCAGCACUUCUGCGGCGGCUCCAAGUUCGAGAAAGUUUCCGACACCGAAAUCAUGGGCUGGCACCAAUUGCGCGUCCCGCAUCAAAAGUACACGGAUGAUACGCUGAGUACGGUGAAGGUCAAGGGCCAUGCGCAUAGUACAAACACCCAUUGGUACAAGAAGGUGGAUGGCGUGUGGAAGUUUGCGGGGCUGAGCCCGGAUAUCAGGUGGUUUGAGUAUGACUUCGAUCAGGUGUUUGCCGAGGGGAGGGAUGAGUUGGGCGAGAAGGAGCAGGAGGAUUUGGCGAAGCAGGCAGAGGGCGUCCCGGCUAAAUAG